AUGUCUACCAGUGUUUCGUUAAUUCGCAAAAGAAAGCUUUCGGACCUUUCGUCUUCACCCGACGGCAAGAAGUCCUCGGCCGUUGUUGUCGCUGCUUUAUAUAACCUUGAUCCGGCCUCAGACUCCCCCCAUCAGAUUCAGCUACACCGCAAGAUGUGUCUCAAGAUUGGCCGUUCCAAAAAGAAUGACGUUGUUGUCACUCCGCCGGAUUGUUCAACGUACCAUUGUGAGAUCGGAGUUAGCCACCUUAAUGGUAAGGACAUUAUUUACUUGAAAGAUCUGAGCUCAAACGGAACCUUCAUAAACGGUCUUUUGGUGGGAAAGGAUAACACCUGUUUGAUUCGCUCGGGCGACAAGGUCUCUUUUGCUGCAGAUUGCCAUUAUGUGCUAAAAUAUCAGGCAAGCUUUGUCUUCAAGAGCACAAAGGCCCCUGGAUCCGGAUCUUUCUACGACACUUAUGUAAUCGGGGAUCUUUUAGGCUGCGGGCAUUACGCACAAGUGAAAGACGCCAUAAGAAGAACUACAGGAGAGGUAUGUGCAGUGAAGAUCUUCAAUCCUACACGCAAGGACGCCAAUUGGGCCACGUCUCUCAAUAGAGAACUCGACAUUCUAAUGAAGAUCGACCACCCAAACAUUGUUCGAUCGUAUGAAACAUUUGUUGAGCCGUAUGACGCAAAUACAAUGACCACCUAUUUGGUUCUCGAGAAAGUGAAUGGAGGCGAAUUGUUCAAUCGAAUAGUUUCAAAGGGUAAAUUAGGCCAAAAGGAAACUAAAGCACUUAUCGGACAACUGAUCGAUGGCUUAAGAUAUUUGCAUUCAUUGGACAUAGCACACCGUGACCUGAAACCCGAGAAUAUUCUUCUGGAUAUCAAAUUACGCAGUGAUGAGUCCGAGAAACAGACGGGCCCUUGGGACAAGCAUGAGCUCGACGUGAAGGUGAAGAUCGCAGAUUUCGGACUAGCGAAAUUCAUCGGACGAACAAAAUUCACAGAUACAUUGUGCGGCACCCCUGCAUAUGUCGCUCCGGAGGUGCUUGUAAACUCCACCGAGCGAAAAUAUACCAAAGCCGUUGACAUGUGGUCUGUGGGGGUGUUAAUUUACGUUUGUCUAUGCGGCUUCCCUCCAUUUAGCGAAGAACUUGGUCCACCAUCAAUGAGACAACAGAUCAUCGAAGGACGCUAUUUCUUUUUCUCUCCUUACUGGGAUGGAAUAGAGGAUUCUGCGCUGGAUUUGAUUGCUCGGCUGUUGGUGGUUGAUGCAACCAAACGGUUACCGGUUGCCGAUGCUGCCAAGCAUGCUUGGCUCAAAGAAGUGCAACCAGAAAAGCCAGUUGCUGAAAUUGAAUUCAAAGGAACACGAGUUCCAGCCAACCGCGGCUAUUCGAGCCCUAUCACAUUGGCCGAGCGUGUGAAGAGCUCAUUGGGCGACGAUACGCUCGCUCGGGCCUAUAGCGUGGACGUUGAUAUGGCAUGA